UACUUCUCAGCUAAGCGGCCUGCGCCAGAAGCGUCAGUUUGCCUUCGGUGGUGCAUCUACCAAGGGCGUAAUUGAGCGGUUUAUUGCCUUCCAUGGCAAUCUGGUGGCACCCAAUAAUCCCCUGCCGCCGCCUCGCCAUUGGGCAACAUCAUCAACAUCAACAUCAUCAGCUCCGGAAUGUUAAAUCAGAGCAGCAACAGCAACACCCUCAAGCUGAACACACGCACGGCGCUGGCCUUCCUGGAGAACGCCAACUCGCCAACGGGCAUUACCACGGUCACCCUAUCACCGACAGUAAUCGAGCGGGACUCGGAGUUCUGUUGGGUCUGCCUCGGCCUCUGGAAGCCGCACGCUCCUCCUGGUACAACUGUAACCGGUACGAUGAGGAUGAGGCCAAUACAGCUCGUGAUGCCCAGGAGAAGUAGCACUCAUCCUUGGCCAGAUCACCAUCAUCAGCCGAGUCGGUCUAGCUAGGGUCAGGGUCAGUUGUAAAACUAUCGAAAGAGUAAGAUCUUAUAAUUAAUUUAGGCUUUUAACUUUGAGUAUACGUUUGUAGAUAUCCUCAAUACAAAUUACUGAAUCACUUUAAAUUAAAAAUAAGUAAUGGGAUCCAUGGAAAUAAGGGAAUUAAUUGAAAAA